CCCAUCUCCGCAAUCAUCCCAGUUGUGCGGGCGUAAUUGACUGCAUGUCUCUCGCUGAAUCAGCUAAAGCGUGAAUGCCACGCCGUCCUUGGCACAGUUGCACUUGCGUCCCUUCCUUGUCCUCAUUGGCCUUCGGUGCACCAAAAGUUGGUGGGGUGCAACCGGCAAAUGGAAUGCUGGGCCACGCCGAGAGCAUUGGCCUCACUUGGUUAGCAGAGGAGCAUCGCUUUGCUUGGACGGACUUGAUUGCGGAGCUGCAAGCCAAGCUACUUGCUGUGGAGCAGCCCGAGGAGCUCGACUUUUCCAAGAUUACUGCCACCGCGCAGCCGUUUUUGCCAGAGGCGGAAGAUCCUUCGCCUAUUUUUCCCGAACUUGAGCUAACUCCUCGCGAUGCGAGGCUCAAGGUCACACUCACAGGAUUUGACAGGACUAUCUCCGUGAGCGAUUCUGGCGAUGAGAACCCCACGCCUGAUCUACAAAAGGCAGUGCAGGUUGCGAAGCACCACGCAGUUUCCGAAAACGUCGAGGUCCUCCACGACACUUCGCCUACCCACUCCAGCAAACUGGGGAGCAGGAAAUCGUCCAACUUUUUAGCAAAUUAUCUCGGCGAGAUGAGCGCAAACCGCCCGCUGAUGAAGCGCGUGAAGUUCUAUUUGGACUAUGCAGCCGGCAUGCUUGUGCUCCUGAACACCGUCACGAUGCUGCUGGAGUUUCAGCUGGAAGGCCACCUGACGGGCCAACAAAUUGGCACGGUGGAUGCCGGGGAAGCCGAUUACGGCGAUGUGCUGGCCGUGCUCAGGGCCAGCGACGGCGUCUUUGUGUUCAUUUUUUUGGUGGAGUGGCUGCUCCGCCUUUUCAUCGACCGGGCUGCAUUUGUUACGGACUUCGCCGAUUGGUUCGACACGCUGUGCGUCUGGUCCGGCGUGGUUGAUUUCAUUCUUCGUGUGGGGCUCGCCCAGCAGCACACCGCUUCGCGCAGCGUGGUUAUCCUGCGACUGAUGCGGGCGCUGAAGUCGCUGCGUGCCAUCAGGAUGGUGCGGAGUCUGCGAUUCUUUCGAGGGCUGCGGGUGCUGGUGCAAGCCUGCCAGUGCUUUUUGCCGUCGCUCUGCUGGUCAAUGGUUCUUCUCGGGGUUUUCAUGACCAUGGGUGCGCUGAUGAUGGGCAACCUGCUGCAGGCAUUCAUCACAGAUGAAGCUUUGUUGCUGGAUGAUCGCAAAUGGCUGUGGGAGCGCUAUGGCACUGCCUUUCGUGCCACGUACACGCUGUUUGAUGUGUACAUCACUGUGGUCGUAUUCGCGGUCAUACGUGUGAUCAGCGCCGUGUUCCUGAAGGACACUUUUGACGCUGCCCAGAACGACGCUGAGAACCAGGUCACUGACAAGAUGCGGGUGAAGGCGCAGUACGUCAACAAGUUGCACGCGAUCUUUCAAGCCAUCGAUGAGUCCGGGACCGGGAUGAUCACACAGGAAAGGCUGGUCAGCAUCCUUGAGAACCCGAAGGUGGCUGCCUACUUUGAGACGCUGGGCGUGGAUGUCCACGAAGGCCGCGCGCUCUUCCAUCUUCUAGACACGUGCGCCAGCAGGGCCUGCACAACCGGCACCUACAACGCCUGCAGCGCCAGCAGCGCCUGCGCAACUGGCGCGACCGGCAGCCCAGCAGCACGCACCUACAACGCCUGCAGCGCCAACAGCGCCUGCGCAACCGGCGCAACCGGCAGCCCGGCAGCACGCACCUGCCACACCUGCAGCGCCAACACGGCGAGCCAGACAGCACCCGGCUGCUCUACAGCAAGCACCAGUAACACCUGCGGCGGCUACACCAGCCUCAGCAGCAGGGGGCUCGCCAACACGGCGAGCCAGACAGCGCGCCGGCUAAGCCGGCGCCCGCAGCGUGCCUCUAACCCGAGCUCGGUUGAUGGCACAGGCAAAUUCUUCUUCUUCCAUCUUCCAGCGCCAACACGGCGAGCCAGACAGCACCCGGCUGCUCUACAGCAAGCACCAGUAACACCUGCGGCGGCUACACCAGCCUCAGCAGCAGGGGGCCCGCCAACACGGCGAGCCAGACAGCGCGCCGGCUAAGCCGGCGCCCGCAGCGUGCCUCUAACCCGAGCUCGGUUGAUGGCACAGGCAAAUUCUUCUUCUUCUUCUUCCAUCUUCUAGACAACGGAGAUGGAGAAGUUACGCUAGAGGAGUUCAUUGAUGGGGUCAUGAGGUGCAAGGGGGCGGCCCGAGCCAUUGACCAGGCAGGCGCAGCAUCGUUGAGGUGCUGAAUGAGGCAUUUGCUUUUCUAGCAGCUCUAGCUGCUGAGUCCGGUGCUUGAUCUUGCAAGUUGACAGUUUUGCGCCGGAGUUGCUGCUGCGUAUUUUUUUGGCUUGGCAGCACAUUGGGCAUCGUCCGCGGGCCUGAAGAUCACGCAGCGUUGCAGUAAAUCCUGGCUUUGGGCGAGCCAAAGGAGGGCCAUGUGUUGCUUGUGACGCCCGCUCAGGUGGCGAUGCACGCGGACUUGAAGAUGCUUGACAGGAAAUUGACCAAGCUCUACCGCGCCCUGCGAUCAGAUCACCCCCGCGAGCAGAGCAAGCCAAGGCCCCAAGCCCAGCACAUGAAGGUGUUUCUCCGUGGCAGGCACGCUUCGAUGUGAGUGUGCUCGAAUCUGCUUCGGCAUUGCUUCGGGUUGCCGCUCGGCAUCAAGCACUUUACCCCGCCUUGCGUGGUGAUUGUGGCUGAAGUUGCUUUGCCCGAGCUGUUGCCUUUGCCCACUACGGUGCCCACAAGUAAAUGUGUGGAGGGCCCGAGGCUCACGGCGUGACAGGUAGUGGUCUUUGGUCAAUCGGCUUGGUUAAAGUGCUGGGAACACACAAGUUUUUUUUGUGUGGUUAUGCGCU